AUGUCAAAACUUUUCGAAGACUCCAACAAAGAGUCGGCCGAGAUAGCCUCGGCCGCGGGCUCGUCGCAAGACGACCUAAAGGCGUCCACGCAACACAACGAAGACGUGUUCAUCGACCCCCAGGGCGCCAAGUACGACCUGGAGCUCGACCCGGGCGUUACCCAUGAUAUGCUCAACAAGCGCUUCAACCUCGAUGGGGAGGUAGCGGAGCUGGAUCAGCUCGGUGACUCGUUCAAGAAGGAGCGCACCUUUUGGGGCAAAAUCCGCGCGCUGGAGUUCGAAACAAACUUCAAGAACAAGCAACACAUGGUCUACAUGCUGGGCGCGUUCGCCUCCUUCGCUGGUAUCUUGUCUGGUAUCGACCAGUCGAUUAUUUCUGGUGCGUCGCUCGGCAUGAACAAAAUGCUGGAUUUGUCGACGCACGAGGCGUCGCUCGUGUCGUCCCUGAUGCCCUUGGGUGCCAUGGCAGGCUCCAUCAUCAUGACGCCUCUCAACGAGUGGUUCGGCCGUAAAACCUCCAUCAUCAUUUCGUGUCUGUGGUACACGCUGGGCGCCAUUCUGUGUGCGGCUGCCAACAGCCACCACAUCAUGUACGCGGGAAGAUUCAUCCUUGGUGUUGGUGUUGGUAUCGAGGGCGGUUGCGUCGGUAUCUAUGUGUCUGAGUCCGUCCCCUCCACCGUGAGAGGUAAUUUGGUGUCCUUGUACCAAUUCAACAUCGCGCUUGGUGAGCUGUUUGGCUACAUCAUCGGUAUUAUCUUCUUUGAUGUUUACGGCGGCUGGCGGUUCAUGGUCGGCUCAUCUUUGGUGUUCUCGACGAUUUUGCUGGUUGGUCUCUUCUUCUUGCCCGAAUCCCCUCGUUGGCUGGUCCACAAGGGUCGUGUGGGAGAAGCUUGGAACGUCUGGAAGCGUUUAAGAGAUACCUCUCAAGACACCGCGAGAGUGGAGUUCCUUGAGAUGACACAAGUUGCAAAACAGGACGAAGAAUUGCACAAGGAAGAAUCCCGUUUCCAAGCCUGGUUCGACUUGGUUCGCAUUCCUCGUAACCGCAGAGCACUAGUAUACGCCAUUAUGAUGAUUUCCUUGGGUCAAUUGACUGGUAUCAACGCCAUCAUGUACUACAUGUCCACCUUGAUGCAGAACAUUGGUUUUGAUGAUAAACAAGCCGUCGCUAUGUCCAUGGUUGGUGGUGCUGCCCUAUUGAUUGGUACCAUUCCUGCAAUCUUGUGGAUGGACAGAUUUGGAAGACGUACAUGGUCCAUGACAAUCAUUGUGUUCUCCUUAGGUUUAGUCCUCGUCGGUAUUGGUUACAAGAUCAACAUAAACACCCACUUGGCGGCUGCGGAAGGUGUAUACUUAUCUGGACAAAUUCUUUACAACAUGGCAUUUGGUUCCUACUCUGCGCUAACAUGGGUUUUGCCUUCGGAAUCUUUCUCUCUUGCAACCAGAUCUGUUGGUAUGACUGUCUGUUCCACUUUCCUAUACUUGUGGGCUUUCACAGUUACUUACAACUUUGAGCGUAUGCAAAAUGCCAUGACAUACACUGGUCUAACUCUUGGUUUCUAUGGUGGUAUUGCCGUUGUGAUUGGUAUCCCCUACCAACUUUUCUUCAUGCCUGAGACAAAGAACAAGACUUUGGAGGAAAUAGAUGAUAUCUUUUCUAAACCUACAAGAGAAAUUGUAAAGGAAAACACUAGAAACAUGAAGAGAUUCCUUUCUAGAUUCGGUAGGAAGUGA